UCCAGAACCGAAAAAUGGCAUCUUUGAAUCUUGAAAGAUGGGAAUUGCCCCCAAAAUGUUCAAUAAGAAAUUUAAAGUGAAAAAGAGAGGUAAGUGCCAAAAUAAUAAAACAUCACUAAUUUCAGUAGCAUAGUAGCAAUACUAGCAAAAUGAUGAGUUGAAUGAGAAGGGCAUGGUUUUCUUGCUUACUUUAAUGGACAUCAAUUGAACCCCACAACUGCUCAUUGUCUCUCUUCUCCUCUUUCUCUCUCCUAAAUCUCUCUUCCUGACUACAAGGCAUGCUCAUCCUCCCUCUACCUUUCUUUCAUUAGUUUCUCUCUCUAAAAACACACUUUUUUUCUGGGUAAUACUUCAUUAUUGUUUGCCUGUGUUCUUCUUCAGUUCUUCUAAUUGUUUUUCUGAGAAACCACUUUUAUGGGAUGUUUUGAUUGGUUGCUCAAGUGGGUUAUUUCUUGUUAAUGGCUUGAAGUUGAAAUUGGAAUGAAAUGAUUUGAAGUUGUAUUUCUUUGAGUUCAAUGCUGUGAGAUCUGAUGUGGGGUAUACCCAUUUGCUAGAACAAAAUAAUGAGCCAUUCUUUUUUUUAUCCUGGCUUGAAAUGCAAGUGUAAUUAAAGAAUUAUAGAUGCAUCAAUGGGUGUAAACAUGGAAUUGGAAUUUGAUAAAUACUGCAAAGUAGAUCAGAGCCCUAGAACUGUUCUUCCCUCCCCACAGCACCCGAAAAGGAGUGAGCGUAGGAUUAGAAAGGGAAGACGCAGUUCUAAAAACGAAGAUUAUGAGAUAAGCUUAGAAAAGGAAGGAUUUACAGAGAUUAAGUUUCGGAACUAUCGAAGUGUUUCUUGUAAGAAUCUGCCAUCAGGGGAUGUUGAGUUGGAAUGCAAUGAUUUUCUGAGGCGCGGCUCAGUGUAUCAGAGCUCCACAGAUAGGAGAUUUGGGAAGCCAGAAACUCGAGGUGGGCGAAAGAAAGUUGAGUUUUCAGUCAAUAGUGAGACACCCUUCUCCUUUAGUAUUCUAGAUUCUAUUUGUGGUUCAGAUGAGGAAGUUCAAGCUGAGACUGAACAAAAGAGAUCAUCAACUAUAUCAUUAACUUCAGAUUCAGUAUCUUCUUCUGCUAAGCUUCCUAGACAACCGUGUUUUAUGAAUUUGAAAGAGCGACAGAGCGAUUCGGGGGCAUGUGCUCAGAGGGACUCAAUGGAAAAUCAGAAGUUCAAAUGUGAAAAAGUGAGGAGUCCUUCGAACAAUGCUAAUGCCCUCAAGGAGAGAGACUCUCUGAGUUUGAACAAGUCUCUCUCUGCCAAGCUUGCAAUGCCACAUUCCCCAACUCAUUCAGAAGGGGAUAAAACCAAAGAAAGCCCAAAAACCCGUUUCAAAAAGAUGUUUGACCCAUUUACAAAGUCUAAAUCUCAUCGAACACCUUCGUAUGAUGCCAAAUUAUCCAGCUUAGCAGAUAUUGGGAAAACUAAAACUCUAAGGAAAUCCUUAUUAAAUGAUUUUUCAAGUGUGGUGCCAAAUGUGGAGGCUGCAGGAACCCCGCCUGUAAGGAAAGAACCGCAGCAGGUUAUCCCACCAUGCUCACCUGCUCAUCUCAGAGGCAAUCUCAAGAUGGAACAGAAGCAUGGAGUCCCAUAUUUUGAGUUCUCAAUGGCACACUCUGAGGAUUUAUUUGUGGCGAAAACAUGGAAGGCAGAAAAUGCACUUAACUGGGUGUAUACUUUUCAUUCUGUUCAGGGAAAAAAGAGAAGUAACGCAAGUGGUUGGGGAAUCAAGUAUAGCAACAAAGAUUCUCCCAUGGUUGGUCAGAUGCAGGUACAAUGUUACUUGUGUUCAGAGUUACGAGGCGGUGGAGCUUUUAGCAACUCGAUGAUGACAGAAUUCGUGAUGUAUGACAUUGCUCAUGCAAGGAAAAGUGUUACUGCUGAAGAAGAGAUCAACUGCCCUGAAAAUUUCAAACCUUUGGGUGUUUCUACUGAAAGUUUGGCAGAAGGAAAUAUUGAAUUGGAUGAUUUAUUUGGUCUUUCGAAGCCUAGACUGCCAACCACAAAUGCAGCUGACCGUUGCAGUGCAGAUUUCUCGACUCCUUACCCGUGGACCCAAGCGGAUUUGAGGCCAAGCUUUGAAAUUGCAGCUGUUGUUGUUCAAGUUCCCUUUGAGAAAAGAGAGAGCUUAAAAUAUAAAAGGGGGGAUAAACUUAGUGACCUAGUGACAAAGGACAUGCAUGAUGAUAAUAACCAUGUAAAGGUGAAUGUAGUGACCCCAUUGGGGAACCAUGGUUUGCCAAGUAGUGAUGAAAGUAGAGGGGCUUCUCCAUUGCUCGAUAGAUGGAGGUUGGGUGGAGGCUGCGAUUGUGGUGGAUGGGAUAUGGCUUGCCCGCUUGUUGUCUUUGGCAAUCCAAGUACUCAAUGCAUGUAUGAGCAUUCCCUUUUAGACAGGGGUCAGCCUCUCAAUCUCUAUGUUCAGGGAGGAAAAGAAAACAUGCCAGCUUUGACCAUAACAAUCACCGAGAAGGGGAAAUAUGCAGUAGACUUCCAUGCACAACUAUCAAUAUUACAGGCUUUUGCAGUCUGUGUUGCUAUAAUGCACACAACAGAAGCUUCCAGCUUGGUUGAGCAAGAGAAAAACAAAGAGUUGUUGCAGUGUAGCUCCUUGAAGGUCCUGGUUGAGGAUGAAGUGAAGAUCUUGAUUGAAGCAGUUACAGAAGAGGAAAAGAAGAAAGUUGCAAAGACAGCUGAAGCACAUCAGCCAUCUUUUGUGCUCAAUCCACCCUUUUCUCCUAUUGCCCGAGUGUAGCUCAUUUAGUUUUAUUACUAAAACUGGAAACAAAAUCUGCAUAACUCUUGCAUUUCAGGGCCAAAUUGCAAAUUUUACAUCUGAUCCUGAAUGGAGAAGCGUGAAGGACCACUGGUAAAGUUUACAUGUCAAAACCUCCGAAGAUGUUCUGAAAGCGGAGAGUAAACUUGGUGUAUUUGUUCAGUAGCAAGACUUUCAGAAAGGAAAUAUACUGUCUAUAUUUGGUAGACCAUAGUGAGGGGUAAGAUCAUCUGAUCAUUUUAGGCGGAAUAGAUAGGUUUCUCCUUUUAUUUUUCAUUUUCUUGUACCUUACUUUUGUUUUUGUAUUUCUUUUUUAAUCUCCUUGUCAUCUAAAUUCAAUUUUGUAAGUUAUAGAGCAUUAGAGAAAGAGACUAGUUGAGUGUUAUGGUUCCAAACAUAAGGUCACGGUAGAAUUUGGAGCCAAAAAGAAAAGCUGUUGUAUUUUAGCAGAUAUAUAUUGCAAAUAAUGUAAUAAAUCUUAUGAUAAGUAUUUUAUGCAGAAUGCCAUUCUGCUUUUAGUCA